GAGCAAGUAAAACUCCCGGCAUAUCUGCUGCUCCCUGAUUAACGGUUAUCUGUGCGGUUGUUCUCUCUUAUCUGCUGAUUCUGUUCCCCAGCGUCACAAAAACAGGUUAGCGUAGGAGGCGCGUCAGAAAAUGAAAAUGGCGUUUGGGUUCCUGCUGGCGUCGGUCUUGGCGGCCGUGGUGGUCGCUUAUAUCCUGACGAAGUUCUUCCGGGAGCCCGAGAUGCCGUCCCUCCCUCAGAAUCCCUGGUGGGGGGAGGGGGAGCCACAGGCGGAGGAUACUGCCAUACGCCCCUUCACCAUUAACAUUCCUGAUGAAGAUCUUGAGGACCUACGCCUACGGCUGGCACUGCCCCUGCGACUCACGCCCCCUCUGGAGGGUGCCAACUUCACUUAUGGCACCAACAGCGACACGUUGAAGCACAUCGUGGAAUACUGGAGAAAGGAAUACCAUUGGAAGGAAAGGGAAGCCAAGAUGAACGAACUUCAGCAUUUCAAAACGCAGAUCGAGGGGCUAGACAUCCACUUCGUACACGCAAGACCGCAACAAACUCCUAGCAAUGUCCACGAACCGAUCCCUCUCCUGUUGAUUCACGGCUGGCCAGGGUCCUUCGUGGAGUUCCUUGGCAUCCUUCCCCUCCUGACCUCGCCUGGGGAGGGCAGCGGCCGCGUCUUCGAGGUCAUCUGCCCUUCCCUGCCUGGCUAUGGCUUUUCUCAGGCGGCCGCUAAACCUGGUCUAGGCCUACAGGAAACAGCCCAGAUCUUCUUGAAGUUAAUGAAGAGACUCGGGCACAGCCGCUUCUACGUCCAGGGAGGAGACUGGGGCGCUGGGGUCGCGACGCAGCUGGCGACGCUCUACCCGCAGCACCUCCGCGGCGUUCACUUGAACAUGUUCCGGCCUCAGACCACAAUGGGAAAGGUCCGGCAAGUUCUAGGAGCCUUCCUACCCUCGGGCACGCUGAUGGCCAAGGAGGAGGAGGGCAUGCUGUACCCUCUCCUCGAGCAUGCCAAGUGGCUACUGAGGGAGUCGGGCUACUUUCACAUCCAGGCUACCAAGCCAGAUACCCUUGGCGCGGCGCUGGCCCAGAGCCCCGUGGGACUGGCCAGUUACCUCCUGGAGAAGUUCAGCACCUGGACCAACGGCGCCAACGUGAAUAAGCCCGACGGAGGCCUCCUCAAGGGCUUCCCCAUCGCCCUGGACGCUCUUCUCGACGACAUCUGCAUCUACUGGUUCACCAACAGCAUAACGAGCAGCAUGCGGUACUACGCCGAGAACAUGAGCAGGGAACGAGCAGCCAUCGACACCUCAAACAUCCCGAGCAAGGUGCCCGCCGGUCUGGCCGCCUUCCCCGAGGAGGUCCUUCUGGCGCCGCGCAGUCUCAUGGCGCACAAAUUCCACGACAUCGUCACUUACACACGACCCUCCGCCGGGGGCCACUUCGCCGCCAUGGAACAGCCGGGGAUCCUCGCUCGGGACUUCAGGGCGUUCGUGGAAGCCGUGGAAGCCAGGGAGGGGCGCUGAGGAUGGCGGGGAGAGAGGAGAGGGAAGAGAAGAGGGAGACGGAGAAAGAGAGAGAGGAAGAGGGUGAGGAAGAAGGAGAAGCAGCCGGGGAUCCUCGCUCGGGACUUCAGGUCGUUCGUGAAGCCGUGGAAGCCAGGAGGGGCGCUGAGGAUGGG